AAGUCAGUAUCGCUUGUGACGUCGGUCGGGUAGGGUGUGCUCGCUCGCUCUCCGGUGAACCACCACACGUGGCUGAUUAUUAUUUUUCUGUUUUUUUGUUGUAAAGUCCGAGAUGGUGUCCGUUGUUUUAAAAAAAUGGUUGUAGCCGGUGGAAUUAAAUGAAAAGCGCCGAUGAAUAUUAACGUUUGAGAAUGUUUUUGACAUCUGAUACUAAAAUCACAAGGAAUAAGACUGCCUGUGGUGAUGUUUUAAUAACUGACGUUUUGCUGCGUUGCUGAUUCAAUAGUUAUUUCGUUGGGGUUCGUAAAAGUAAAGGUGUGAAGAUGGUGUUGUGGCGGCUCUGGACCGCAAGAGCGAUUCUGACCUUUCUGGCCUGCGUCUCUGUCCUGUCUAUAAUCAUCUCAUACCACCUGACGGCGCUUCAGGACCACGAAGGUUUAGUGGUGGGCUCGAGGUCGGUGGGAGAGAGGGGACCACGGAAGCGAGGAAUACUUUCCAGAGACCCGGAAUCUGUGCUCUUGCCUCGCGCGCAUCAAGACCCCUUGCUGACCUUGCUGACUCAGAUGGAAGAGCGAUACUUGAAGUCCUGUAAAGAGGCUUCCCCAGUGAUCCUGGUCAGGGGGCAAAAACUCCUUGUAUCGCGAGACUUACCAGCGUACUCGCAGGCCCUGUCACCCACUUCCCCGACCGUAAUGAAGGCCGUACGCACCGGACAUGCAAACAGCCACUCCUUCAAUUCACCGACGCAUUCAAGACUAGAUACGAAAGACGGGGUACCACCAGAAGGCGAUCAGAACGCCUUGGGAAGAAGGCUCACCUUGCUGGACACCACCGAACAGCGCGUGAGGAUGGUUGCUGUCAACGGCUCCGUUUACUACGCUAUGGAAGACGAAGCCAUUGGCGGAGGUCGUGUAGGUGCCCACGACUGGAGAAUGUUGGUGUGUCUCACCUACACUGACGGAGAUUCGUCUGUUUGUUUACCCAGGAAACUCUUCCCGCUCCUUGGUCAACACCAGAAGGUGGGUCGGUUGCCAGGACUCCGAGGGACGGUGUGGCGUAGGGAGAGUCUCUGCGACCUACUGCAUUCCGCCCGGCUGGUGUCCCCCAUUCGCUCCCUCGUUCCCGCCUGCUACGCGCUCCCCGGUCAUCACUCUUACCUGACCGCGGCAGCUCACGCCCUUCCCGAUACCUCGGAAUGGGUGGUCAAGGCUGCCCACUCCGGGAGAGGCGUUAGAGUGAUUGACAACCGGAAGUUAUUGGAAGAUUUGCGAGACAAACGGUUGGGUUCAGGAGAAGUGGUGCAGGUCCACUGGGGGCCUCCCCUGCAGGUGCUUGGCGCUACCGUGUCGGUACGGUUGUAUCUGUUGAUUACGUCACUACAGCCUCUAAGGGCACACGUCCAUACUCACGGCGAAGUCAUGUUCAGGCAUUUGCCCAGCAGAGGGUAUGCCAAGGUCCCAGAUAGAGUUUGGAGUUGGACGGAACUGGUGUCGUGGGUAGGCCGGAAUUCCGGCGAAGAGGCCAUGAGGUCUCUGGUGGGUCACACUGAGGCUGCUCUCACCGCCUUGGCCCUUGCCAUUGACCUCCUGAUACCCCCGAAGGUGCACAAUCUCAGAAAAGCCUCUCGGAGGUUCAGGUGCGAGGGAUGUUACCAGCUCUUAGGCGUCGACCUCAUAUACAACUCGACCUACCAUCCGGCAAUCAUGGAUGUGACGGGUCAACCUGACCUGUCCUUUAGCCAGCAGGAAGCGCCCUCUGUCCAACAACAACAGAGCCGUCAGCAGCGCCCCCCAGCUGCUGGUUUUCCCCCCAGUCAUGUUUUGGGCAGGUCAAAGGUCACGAGGGACAUGUUGCAGGUCCUGCUAGGCGAAGCGAAAGUUGCCCAGGAGGUCAAUCAGGCUUUGGUUGAAACCGCUGAUAAUUUAGGCGUUGUAGGCAUCGACUGCCUCAUCACACAUGACCUCUGCCUGACCCAGGAUGACUUGGAUUACCUCAUCCAAACGCGUAGAGAGAGCGGCGUGCACGCAGCUGCCGUAAGAGGCAAGACGCCGUUAAAAUCAGAUCACUUCCAAUAUUCAACGGUACAGGAAGAGGGAGAUUGGACCAGCGGUGAGAACAAAAGGAAGGUAGAAGAAGAAGAUGAUGCUGAUGACGUCACGGGAGGAGGCGCGAGUGACGUCAUCAAAACAAGCAGGGUGAAUCAGAACGAUCUCGACUUACUGGACGAUUACGAAGGAGAAGAGGAGAGGGAGGCCGAAAAUGCCCAAAGAAAGGAAGCCGAUAAAGCGAAAAUAGAUCGGAUAACUACAAACAAGUUCGCUCAAGACGGCUUUGCCAUGAUUUACCCGUCCCCGAAUGGCAGGGCGUACGACCAGGUCAUCGCCGAUUUAUAUCACGCAGUUUCUGCCAACACGAGCACCGCUUUUGCGCCUUCCGCUUAUCUCUUGACGGAGAGCUGGCGCCACACCACCAGAGAUCUGCACAAUUUGGUGACCUCGCUCGAAGCCUACCACCGCCCCCUGCCCCCAGGCCUCCCGCCGAUGCUAGCCAGCCUGGAUCUACGGCAGAGCGAGGACGUUCAGGAGAAGUGGCUGAAACACCAGGAGAAUCGGAAGGAAAAGUGCAUGGAAGAUCCGGCCACAGCUCCGUAUUUACAAAGUUUGACCUUGGUGCCCGAACUGAGCAUCACCCCGGCCUUCACGCCCCUGGUCACUUCUUACUGGGCCGAAGUGAACUACGAGCUGAUCACCCUCCAGGUGUCCGGGCUCGCCCUCCACUGCCAGGCAGAGGCUAGGCUGGAGGACAAGUUUGGACCUUCCACGCUGGUCAACUACACCUUAGGCCUAGGCGAUAAUCGGGUGAAUAUUGCUGUGGUGGACAUAGGUCAUUCCGAGCCUUGGACCCUCAAUACUUACACUAUUCACAUCACCCGCCGUCCUCCGCCUCGCCCUCUUCCAGAUGUUACCACACGACCACAUCAAGUCUGCGCUCUCAAGCAGGAAUGUGAACUUCGAGUCUCGCCGUCCGAACCGUGUGGUCUUAACACCGAACCAGCCUUCAGCAGUUGGUCGAAGUUUGUAGCCGACAGGAGGAGGCUUGCGCCUUGCACGCAAGGAGAUGCAAGUGGCCGUUGGGUAGUGGCGUGCAAGUCGUGCCUGGAGAGAGAUACCUGUGACUGGUCGAAAGCUACCUGGCAACCCUUUGCCUGCACGCACCAGGUGGUACCAGUACCCAAACUGCAGAAGUGUCUGAAGGGAAGAACGCUGGUGUUUCUGGGUGACAGUACAAACCGUGGCAUGCUGUACGCUCUCCUGGAGCGUGUGAAUGGAACGCUGACCUCGUGGGACAAAACUCAUGACUUGAAGGUCAUCACUGGGGUCAACUCGGGUCAGACGACUUUUGCUUUUGCGUAUUACCCACAGUUCUGGCUGCCCUCCAACCAGAGGCCCGUGUUCGACAAGACUCUUUACAAAUUGCUUCUUCGAUCGGGUCCUCUGCGUAACAGUUCAGACACCGUCGUUAUCGUGGGAGGAGUUCACUGGGUAGCUGCCCAGCAUCUACACAUGGUAGCGAAUGCGUUAGAAAGAGAAGGACUGCAAGGAGCCCAGGUCAUACUGAAAACUCUCGGUGCAGGAUUCCACGUCUCUGCUCCGGGUGUUCACACUGUUUCCUUGCGCGACCAUUCUCGCCUACUUCAGCACUCGAUGUCUGUAGCCGCCUAUGCCCAUCACCGCGGCUACCAGGUAGUGGACACCUUCAACAUGACCACGGCCCGAUACAGGCAUUUCCUACAGGGGAAAUGUGCCUGUCAUUUCCACAAAGUCGUUACCAAAAGUAAGCCGGGCAGCAAUCAGCUGUUGUACCACGUAGAAGGUGAAAUCAACGCCGUCUAUACGAACAUCUUAGCAAAUGCUAUCUGUCAGGAUUACAUCCCCGGAAGAUGAUAACGAGUGUAGAUACUGAGAUUGCUAUAGCCUUGAAGUAACUGUUUUAACGAGAGAGAGAGAGAGAGAGAGAGAGAGAGAAUAGCUAAUAUAGAAGAGCAUAUCUUUGUGUAUAUAAUAACAUCGCCGUUAUUCAUCAUUCAAUAUUAUUAUUAUUAUUAUUAUUAUUAUUAUUAUUAUUAUUAUUAUUAUUAUUAUUAUUAUUAUUAUUAUUAUUAUUAUUAUUGUUGCUUUUCCCAGCCUUCAUCAUGAUCAUCGUAAUUUAUCUUUUCGCUAACGCAACAUGGCACAACAUUUCAUCCCUAAGUUAUUUCAUCCUUAACCCAAUUCAGUAGAAGUUAUUGAAAAGUAAAUUAAAUGAAAUAGUAAUUAUAUAUAUAUAUAUAUAUAUAUAUAUAUAUAUAUAUAUAUAUAUAUAUAUAUAUA